AUGACGGCGUCGUUUUUAGUCAACAAGUUGAAGUUGACUAAUGGUUCAAUGGAAGAGACAAACGGCGUCGUUUAUGAGCUUCGAGUGUUAGCGAAAACUGAUUCAGAGAGCCGAGCCUGUAUAGCCGAAGCUGGAGCUAUAAAGCUUUUGGUUCGGUUUUUAAGUUAUGAAGUUGGAUCGAACAACCCGAGCCUACAAGUUAACGCCGUGACAACGAUUUUAAAUCUUUCUAUACUUGAAGCGAAUAAGACAAGGAUAAUGGAAAGUGAUGGGGCGUUAAAUGGGAUAACCGAGGUUUUACGAGCAGGUGCCACGUGGGAGGCGAAAUCGAAUGCUGCAGCGACGGUGUUUAGUUUAACGGGAGUUGUUGGUUUUAGAAAACGCUUAGGGAGGAAGACACGUAUCGUUAGUGGAUUGGUUGAGUUAGCGAAAAGUGGGCCUGAGGGAGCAAAGAGAGACGCGCUGGCGGCGAUUUUGAAUUUGGCGUCGGAUCGUGAGACUGUGGCAAGGUUAGUUGAGAGUGGAGCGGUUCAAAUGACGGCGGAGAUUAUGGCGGGGAUGCCGGAGGAGGCUGUGACGAUACUUGAAGCGGUGGUUAAGCGGGGAGGAUUGGUGGCGGUGGCGGCGGCUUUUAUGGGCAUAAAGAAAUUGGGUAAGGUGUUGAGGGAGGGAUCGGAGAGGGCAAGAGAGAGUGCGGCGGCUACGCUUGUGACAAUGUGUAGGAAAGGUGGAUCGGAGAUUGUGACGGAGCUUGCGGCGAUUGAUGGUGUGGAGAGGGUGAUUUGGGAGUUGAUGGCGGUGGGGAGUGUAAGAGGGAGGAGGAAGGCGGCUACGUUGUUGAGGAUUUUACGGCGGUGGGCGGCUGGUUUGGACGGUGGUGAAACGGAAGGGUUUUCAACAAACAACAGUUCUGUUAGUGCGUCAACUAGCGUGGUUGUUUCAACUACCACUUCAUUGGUACAAUAG